AUGGGAAAGAAAGUAGCAAUCGUUGGCAGCGGCUGCUCAGGAAUUGCAGCCCUGUGGGCUCUCAAUACAAGCACCGACCAUGAAGUUCAUCUAUUCGAAGCAGAAUCGCGACUUGGCGGGCACACCAAUACAGUCACAUUCGAAGCACCAAAUGGCGCAACGGUCGACGUCGACACUGGCUUCAUAGUCAUGAACAGCGCCACUUAUCCCAAUUUCAUUCGCUUCCUGAACGAAGUAGGCGUCUCAACGAAAAAGACAGAGAUGACGUUCGGAGUCUCCCGUGAUCAGGGGAGUUUUGAGUGGGCUGGGACUUCCAUUGGUUCCAUCUUUGCUCAGUCCAAGAACCUAUUCAGCCCAGGCAUGUGGAGGAUGAUAUUUGACAUUAUCCGCUUCAAUGAAUUUGCAAUAGACCUUCUGCAUGCCGAGUCCGAGAGUGAGAAUGACAUUGCCGACAAAAUGGAAGCUGGAUCCAAGAACAAGCCGGUUGCCGAAGAAACUAUCGGUGAUUACCUCGACAGAGAAAACUAUUCCCAAGAGUUCCGGGACGACUACCUCAUCCCUAUGACAGCUGCUGUCUGGAGUACUAGCCCAGAUAAAUGCUCUUUAGAAUUCCCUGCCGUCACACUGGUCCGCUUCAUGUACAAUCACCAUCUCUUGAGCACUGUUGCUAGACGCCCAGAUUGGAUGACCAUACCAGGUGGAUCAAAGCAAUACCUCGAUGCUGUGCUCCAAGGCUUCGACAAGACCCGCAUAAACGUCGAAUGUAAGGUGACAGCAUUAGAGACUGUGGACGAUAAAGUCGUACUCACUGCCAACGGGAGGGAUCAGGAAUUUGAUCACGUUAUCCUUGCGACACAUGGUGAUCAAGCCCUGGAAAUCGUGAAGUCUGGUGCAACACAAGAAGAAGUCGGCAUUCUCUCUGGAUUUCAGACCAGUAGAAACGUUGCAGUCCUUCACUCUGACCUUGCCUUGAUGCCAAAAAGGCGAGUUGCAUGGUCGGCCUGGAAUUAUAUCACAGAGUCGCCCUUCCCUCCUACCAACAGCCAAAAUAUCUCAAAAGUAUGCCUGACCUACUGGAUGAACUUGUUACAGCAUAUUCCAGAUGACAAAUAUGGCCCGGUGUUGGUAACACUGAAUCCGUUGAACAUGCCAGAUCCUCGGUUAGCUCAAGGCAUCUGGGAGUAUUCUCAUCCUUUGUACAACGCAACUGCCAUAAAGUCCCAGAAACUCUUACCGAGGAUCCAGAAUAUCAGGAAUAUCAGUUACUGUGGAGCGUGGACGAAAUAUGGUUUUCACGAGGAUGGAUUCAGCAGUGGGUUGUCGGUGGCUGUCAAUCAUCUGGGAGCUCGACUCCCCUUUCAAUUCGUUGAUUCGACGUUCUCCAGGGGGGCCAGGCCCAUCAUGACGUGGAAAAACCACAUAGCGAGAUCGUUGAUUUUGAGCGUACAAAUCGUAAUGCUGCUCUUUGGAAAGGCGUACACCACAUUGGCAGCGAUACUCGACCGGAGAAUAGCUUCGAGGCGAAAGACUGCUUAA